AUGUUCCCGACUCUGAACCAAGGAGGUAAUAACAAUGUUGGAAAUGGUGGUAGUGUUCCUCCCCAGGAUAAUGGAAGUCAGGUUAACAAUCCUCAAGGAAGCGAUUGGAAUAAUGAAAAUGGAAAGCCGGGUAUAAGUUAUCCUGCGAACUCAGGGUUCUAUCCAGGAUCAAAUUUCCAGGGGCAAAAUCCUCAAUACCCCGGUAACUCUAAUGGAAUGCAGGAAAAUAAUCAACAAUAUCCAGGAAAUGGCAUUAACAAUGGCAAUUUGGGAAAUUAUCCACAAAAUCCGAAUAUGAUGCAGGGCAACACUCCACAAUAUCCCGGGACCGAUUUAAGUAAUGGCAAUCCAAAUUUCAACUAUCCAGGAAAUUCUAACGUAAUGCAGUAUCCUGCACAAGGCAAUGGCUUAGACCACAUUAAUAAAAGACCAGGAAUCAAUUAUCCAACGAAUCCCCCUGCUUUGAAUCAGAAUAAUUAUGAUCGAUAUCCAGGAUAUAAUAAUUGGAAUAAUAAUAAUAAUAGGUAUCCUGGAAACUUUCAAAUCAGGCCAAAUUUUAACACGCAGGGCCAAUACCCGGGUCAGAAUUGGAACAACGCUAAUGGAUUACAAAACAAUCAGAAUCCAAAUCAAAUUGGUGUACCAGGAAACCAGCAAACACAGGGGCUUAGCCAAAACCCGUUAAUUCAAGGACAACCUAUUCGAUACCCUCCUAAUACCUACCAAAAUUACAAUCCUGGAUUACAAAAUGGCGGCUCAUUUCCACCGCAAGUUGCAAACGGAAUGAACAAUCAAUUACCACAUGACAACUUACAAGAUCCUAACAUGCAAUAUCCUCAACUACCCAAUGCUGUGACUACGACUGUAACGCCUCCCGUAACUAGCACAACGGCUGCAAUGAAACAAUGUGUGCAAGACUGUCCGUCGACAUCAGAAUACAACCCGUUAUGUGGUAAUAAUAACAUAACAUAUUUCAACGAAGGAAAAUUCGUAUGCGCUCGCAAAUGCGGUAUCGAUGUAAUCAUUGUCCGACACAGCGCUUGUCCUGCAGCGAGCGCUGCUAAUGCUACACCAGGAGUGUAUGCC